CUCGCGGACUCAAGCACAAGAGAGAGUCGACCGACGACUCGUGCCAGUCUAUAGUGCAUGUGCAUCAUCCGGAAUAUCUUGGUCCACACGACCUCACGGCCGCUACCAUCAAUCCCGGUCACACCAUCUCCAGCCAUGUCGAACUUCUCCGCGCUUUUGACUGGUCAUCCACAGACUUGGGCCCUAUGUCAGCCUGGUCGUCGCACCUGAGACGCGCUGUGAACUUCUUGCUGGCAGAUCCUAGGGCUGCCGUGCUGUACUGGGGUGCCAAGCAGACUUCCAUCUACAAUGAAGCAUACCAGUUGGUGCUGGCCGAAAGGCAUCCGUGGGCCAUGGGACGAACGGUACAGGAGGUAUGGCCAGAGGCUGCCGACUGCGAGAUCAUGUAUGCUUUUCAGAAGGCUGAUGCUACUGGCGAGGCCAGCGGUGGCGAUCGUGCGCCCUUUUUCGUGAGCCGAAGAGGAUUUCUCCAGGAAAUGUAUGGCGACUGGUCCAUCAUUCCAGUCAUCGGCGACGGGACAAAUGCUGGCUACUACAAUAAUGUACUGGAUCUCACUGCACGUGUACACGAAGAUCGCCAGAUGGCCACUCUACUCCGGCUUGAGAAGGAAACAGCGGAAGUGAAGGCGGUUGAAGACUUUUGGCCAGCUAUUAUCGAAGGACUCCGGCAUAAUAGAAAAGAAGCACCCUUUGUCGCAUUAUAUGCCGCCCUUCCUCGAAGUCCCCAUUCCAUAUCCCGCACAACGUCGACAUCUAGCUCGAUUGAACUCUCUAAUAUGGACUCGACACAAGCGACUCAAAAGUGGAGUCUACAAGGUACACUCGGCAAUGAACAUAUAGGCAGCGUAUUCUGUCACGAGAUAGACUCACAAUGGGCUGCUCAGAACGUGUCGCCAGACUUCAAGGACAGUAUCCUCACAGGCAAAGUCCAGACGAUCUCGAUCGAGCCCCAUUCUCACCUAUACCCGGCUGCGAAAAGUCGUGCGUACAACGACCAAUGUACUAUGGCAGUCUUGAUACCACUAGGAAGAGCUCAAGAUGGCGACAGGAUUGGAUUUCUCUUACUUGGAAUCAGCAGUCGGCGCUAUUAUGACUUACACUACAAGCAAUUCAUUCGUCUGCUAACGACACAGCUUUGUGGAACGUUGAGCACGGUUCGACAAGUAGAGCAAGAUACGAGGAAAGCCAACAUGCAAGCUGAACUGGCCGCGUUGGACCGAUUGCUUUUGUCAGAAAAGCUUGCGCUGACGGAACAGCAGGCUCAGGAUAAUGAGCAAAGAUUUCGCUCCGUUGCGACUCAUAUGCCAAUGGCCAUGUAUGAGAUGCGCCCGUCGGGCGAGAUCACUUACGCCAACGAUGCGUACUACGAGUUGAUGGGAUUGAAGCCAGACCAGGUCUAUCCCUAUUUCUGGGUGGACAUGAUUCAUGUUGAUGACCUUCCUAUUUACGAGCAGAAUUGGGCCAAGCUCGUGGCUGGCGAGUCUGUUCAAUUCGAGGCCAGGCUGAAGCGAAAAUUCACGGCUGCAGAUGCUCUCAGUGGCGAGACCAUUGAGGCGGAGACAUGGUUUCUAUCGGCUGCAUUCUCAAUCAAAUCGGACGAUGGCAGUAUACAUAAUAUACAAGGCGCACUUAUCGAAAUCAGUCGACAAAAGCUGUUGGAAACAUUGCAGACGAGGAGGUUGGAGGAAGCGAUUGAGCUGAAGCGUCAGCAAGAACACUUUAUGGACUUUGUUGGACAUGAGAUUCGAAAUCCCCUCUCUGCUACAAGUUUGUGCGCCAGCUCCAUGCAGGCGACAUUGGAGGAUUUACUUAGGAACACGACACUGGAAGGAGCGACAGAUACAGUCACGAUUGGUCGAGAGACGAUACAAAAUCAGAUCGAGAACACAGAAAUCAUCACAACAUGCAUACAACACCAAAAACGGAUCAUAGACGACAUCCUUACCCUGAGCAAGCUCGACUCCAAUUUGCUUGCAGUCACGCCUUGCGAGACUGAUCCAAUGACUAUUGUAUCCCAGUCGCUGCGACUGUUUGAAGCAGAGCUUCAAGCAGCAGAGACUCGAUUGGAAUACGUCAUUGACCAAUCUUACCGCGACUUGGACAUCCAAUGGGCCAUGCUCGACCCGAGCAGGUUGCUGCAGAUACUCAUCAACCUCAUCACUAACGCCAUCCGGUUCACGAAGAACGAGUUGACCCGAACCAUUACCGUCACACUGGCUGCUAGCAGGACGUUGCCUCUCAAAUCGCUGGCAGGUAUCCCUUAUCUACCACAGCCCAAUGCCAGGCCGAAUGCCGAGGAGAAACGAAAUGCCGAAGGUGAUGAGAUAGGAGGUGGUGAGAAGGAUGAGGAUGUGGUGUACCUACUCGUCGCAGUGGCAGAUACAGGGUGUGGUAUGAAGACUGACGAACUCGAACGCAUCUUUCUCCGUUUCCAGCAAUCCUCCCACAAGACACAUAUCGAAUAUGGUGGCUCCGGGCUUGGUCUUUUUAUCUCGCGAGAAUUGGCACGACUUCAAGGAGGUCAGAUCGGAGUUCAUUCGGAACAUGGAGUGGGCUCGACUUUUGAGUUUUAUAUCAAAACCAGAAAGUGUGAGGCUCCCAAGCAGGCUGUGAAAGACAAAGAGCCAGACGUGCAGCUUGAGCGAUACAAGCAGGAACAAGGCUCAUCACCUACGACACAGACUGGAAAAGCCAGGCAUAUCUUGCUUGUGGAAGACAAUCUUGUCAACCAAAAAGUCAUGGAUCGGCAGCUCCGCAGAGCUGGCUAUCAAGUCCAUGUUGCAAACCACGGCGGUGAAGCACUUGAUCAUAUACGGCGGUCGACAUAUUGCCAAAGAGAUGGUGUCCCGUUGGACGUCGUUCUCAUGGACAUUGAAAUGCCUGUCAUGGGAGGAUUGGAAUGCACACGACGAAUACGAAACAUGCCGGCCGUGAGAAGGAGAUUGGCCAUUGUCGCCAUUACGGCGAAUGCGAGAAGUGAGCAGCAGACGGAGGCGUUGAAUGCGGGAGUCGAUGCAGUAGUCACGAAACCUUUUCAAAUGGGCGAGCUGUUGGGUGUUGUGGACAGCGAGUGGUCGACAAAGGAGUGA